AUGUGGUUCCUAGAAUGGUCAUGUCCAGAUAUAAAUACUAAGUACCGUCCCCUCCAAAUAGUCCUCAAUGGCCUCUCCUGGCUAGGCCUCGUAGAGAAGGACAUCAAAGUCCUCUUUCUCGGACUCGACAACUCCGGCAAGACGACCCUUCUCCACGUCCUCCGGACAGAGCAGAUGGCCGCAAAGCCACAUAAUGCCCAAUCCUGUGAGUCCGCCGAUUUGAAAUAUACAACAUAUACAUCCCCCUCCGGAAAACGCACACGAAGCAUCCACGCAAGACACAUCAACUCACCAACUCACCAACUCACCAACUCACCAACUCACCAACUCACCAACUCACAACACACCCUCACAGCAGCAAAAACCCCCCAAAAACUCACCAUCAGCUCCACACCCAUCACCCCCUACGACUUCGGCGGCCUAAUGUACAAACACACGCCCCAACCCUGGCGCACCGCCACCCACAUCCACCCCAUCAACGCCGUCAUCUUCCUCGUCGACGCACAGGACCACGAACGCUUCCGCCAGGCCAAGGCCGCGCUCGACUCGGCCCUGUCCUUGGAGUGCCUGGCCAGCACCACCACGGUACCCUUCCUCGUGCUAGGGAAUAAGAUCGAUGCCGUUGACGCGGUGAGCGAGGAACAGCUUCGGGCCGAGUUGGGGCUUGAUCGGGGUGGUGGUGCUAGUGGGGCGGAGGGGGGCAGAGGAGGGAGGGAUAGGCCGGUUGGGCUGUUUAUGUGCUCUGUUUUGAGGGGACAAGGUAGGAGGAAGGAAACACCCUAUACCCUCUUACCCGUGCGGACCAGAGGACUGAUCUGA